AGCUCUAGCUGUUGGUUUCUUAAAAUGAACUAUUAUAUUUGGAAAUUGCGUUCGGCAAAAUGACGGAGGCAAAACUUUGCAAGUUGUGCCAAGAGGACCAGGUAGUGGAAAUCAACCUUGAGAAGUAUUCGUACAAAUCUGUCAUCAAUCUGCUGCAAACGCUUUUCGACUGCUACAACAUAGAUGUGUCUGUCUUGGGAGGAAGUUCUUCCACUUGCAAGCGCUGCUUCGAAUGGGUUCUACUAAUAAGCGAACAACUUGAGAAAUGGAGCAAUGCCCAGAACGUGCUGCAGAAUACCGUCUCUCUGCUGGACACAGACGUCACGGUGGUUUCUGUAAAGGAAGAGCCAAAGACUUUAUGGGAUGAAAAUGAUGAUGCAGAGUUUACAGCGGAGGACAGCUUGGAAUUAUUUAUGGACGAAACACCCAAUUCGAACGAAUUACCCGAGGUGGAAGACAAAGAGAUCCGAACAGAAGAUUUGGAAUUCCUCGAGGAGGCAGUACCCCUAACAGAAGAUGUGCAAUACCUAGACUCGGAAGAAACCCAAACCAAGGAGGUUGAAUCAUUAACGGAGGUUCCAUCGACGAAUCACGCUGAUGGUGUGUCCGCAAAAGUUUAUGAGGAACUAUUCGGAAUUGAGCAGAUUCAAGAAAAACCUAAAGACCAUUUGGAUUGGAGGUUGACUCCUCACGAAUUCUUUGCCGUGUGCCUAGGACGAGACGGAUUGGCAUUAGCCGUGUUGUUUAAAGACAAGACUCGACAGAGGAACAUUCAGUUGCUGUGCACUUGCUGCAACCAGGUGUUUGCUACUAUGUCCGACAUACAUAAACACACUUUGGCGGGCCGUACUCGUCCAGAGUAUUGGUGCCGAUGCUGCGGCACAUAUUUCCCGACCAUCAAAGAACUGAAAUUCCACGAAGAAUACGAGAAUCAUCAAAUAGUGAUCAGCAACUUGGUCAUCAGGUGCAUAAAGUGCGCCAAUUUAAGCAAAAAGUUUCUUAACGCAAUCACACAUGAGAACACUGUCCACAAAAAGUCGUCCUACAAUUGCAGGAAGUGCGGCGUGUCCUUCCCAUAUCGCGAAUCCUUAUCAAAACACCAGUGGAAGCACAAGGACCUCGUAUGUCGCUAUCAAAAUUGCCAGCGAACUUUCAAACUGUGGGAAGAGUAUGUAAACCACCUGAACUGUCACAGGGGCCGUAUUUGCCGGUGUCCCGUCACAGGUUGUACCAGCAUCAUGGUGGCGGGGAUCACGUAAAGCACUUGAGAACGCAUAGCAAAAAACAAGUAAUAUUCUAUGAUGAAGACUAUGCUGGUUCACCUCACAGUCAGCCGUUUAUCAUAAACACACCUGCUAGCAAACGAAAGGCAUAGAUGUUGGAAUUAAUUUGAGGCUUUACAAAUAAAGGUAAUAUUAAUUUCGGCUUCUAUCCUGCUAAUAUAAUAAUACGAAUUUUGUGUAUUAUUCUUAUAAGUCUAUUAAUAGGUUAAAUAUAAGUUCUCAUAAAAAAAAAGGAAAGUAAGCUUACUUUGAGAAUCCGGAGUUUGUAUUCCCUUGCAGUUCAGCAAUUAAACCAAGGGGCCAAAUAUAAAAUUUAAUUUCGAAAA